GUUCACUUCCGGGUCAAGGUACUAUUGACAGAAACGGCAAUUAGUCAGGUGCAGUAUGUCUAAACUGUGGAGUAUUGCAUGGCCUCAAGUUGUUCUUUUUGGAGACUCCAUCACACAGUUUUCUUUUCAAGCAAACGGAUGGGGCUCCGAAAUAGCAAAUAAAUUAGCCAGGAAAUGCGAUGUGGUGAACCGAGGAUUCUCGGGAUACAACUCAAGAUGGGCCAAGAUCAUCCUUUCGCGCAUCAUUAACAACAACAAUGUCGCCGCCGUUACCGUCUUCUUCGGAGCCAACGACUGCUCUUUGCAAGACAAAAAUCCACAGCAGCACGUGCCAAUGCAGGAGUAUGUAGAGAACCUGAAAGACAUUGUGAAACACCUGUCCUCAGUGGAGAUAUCUGCAGACAAGGUUAUAUUGAUCACCCCUCCACCUCUUCACGAGCCUGCCUGGGAGAAGGAGUGUCUCUUCAAAGGUGAGUGGAGGGGUCUGGGGCACCCCCUAUCUGCUGGUGUGAGAGCAAGGGCCCAGAGCGCCCCCUGUCUGCUGGUAUGAGUAGGCCAUGACAGGCCACUUUGGCUCUACUGACAAAGAGCAUAGAAGUCUCACUGCCUGAUGGCUACACCUACUUGAACGCAAAGCAACAACAGUAAAGCCUUUUGUCCUUGUUUAGUGAAAUUUCUUAGAAAAAGCAUCAAUAGAUGACAAAGGCCUGUUAUAUAAGGGUUUUUGUCUUGCUUGGUAGAGAAACAACUUGUCUUGCUUGGUAGAGAAUUUUUCCCUUCUGUAUUGAGAACAGUGAUGUUGGCAUUUGGAGAAAUGGAGACAUUGUGGAGACAUUAUGGAGACAUGCAUGGGCGGGGGGUGAGGCUUGAACCCUGGUCCUGGGAGUGUGAGGCAAUGUUGCUAACCAUUACCCUACCAAGCCUCACCCUCACCCCUUUUUUUAUUUUUAUUAUUUUAUUUUAUUUAUUUUUAAAGAUAAACCUGGAUGUUCUUUCCUCACCAUUAUUUAUGCAACAGUGCCGUUUCAGGCAAACUAGGAGACCAAGUUGUUAAGUAUCUGUACUGGCUUGUGUGGUUUACUGGGCUAAGUGUCUGUGCUUGUGAUCAGAAGGUCAUGGGUUCAAGCCCAGCUGUGGCCUGCCUGUUGGUUUAUAGGAAAAGAUGGGGUUGUGUAUUGUUAUAAGUCUUGCUGCUUUCCUUGCUGCUUGCCUGCUCUCACACUUGUUUAAUAAUAAUAAUAAGCUUAAUAAUAAUAUCCUAACUGUAUAUUUGGGGGGGGACUGAGGUCAUAUGUCUUGGCCUCCACAUGUGGUUGUGCAUGAUGGGAAGGCUUGAACCCUGGUCCUGGGAGUGUGAGGCAAUGCUGCUAACCACUACCCUACCAAGCCACCCCUGUCCUUUAUUUUGAUUUCGCCUGGAUGUCCUUCCCUCGCCAUUAGUUAUGCACCGAUGCCGUUUCAGGUAAACUAGGAGACCGAGUUGUUGAGUGUCUGUACUGGCUUGUGUGGCUUAGUGGGCUAAGUGUCUGUGCUUGUGAUUAGAAGGUCAUGGGUUCAAGCCCAGCCCAGCCCAGCCCAGCCUUGGCCUGGCUGUCCUUUAUUUGAUUUUG